AAGAGCCUCCUGUGUCACAUGAGUGGCCAGACGUGGGCCCUCGGGGGGCUUGCCCUCACCUCAGACCUGUUUGUGUGGCCUCACCGAGUCACAGACGAGUCACGACUGAGUCGCAUGACACCACUUCCGUGGGUAAAACAGUUUGGAGCUUCAGGAACGACCGCGACAUGCAGUAGCCAGGCGUCUGUCUCUCCGUCCCUGAGAGGACCUCUGCUGGCCAUCGCCCUUUCCCCGGCCUCUGCACACGGCUCACCUGAAGCAGGACUCUGGACCAGACUGAGACCCAGUUAUUUCUUUCAGUCUCCCGAGGACCGGCUCCUCAGAUCAGUGUCAGAGAUCGGUCCACACAAGAAUAUUAAUACAUGCACACACACACACACACACACACACACACUUGUUAAUCUGGAUUUUCCCAGCAGAACAAUACAAACCUGCUGUGAUGAGGUGAGAGAUCAUUCACCUCCACCUGCGUGCGUGCGUGCGUGCGUGCGUGCGUGUGUGAGUCAGUAGGUUAGUGGAAGAUUGCGCUGUAAGAGGAUUAGUGUGGGUCCUGCGCGGCGGCUCCCAGUGAGUCAUAUCGAUUUGUGUCCCAGGAGGAGGCGGACCUGGGGCGCUGGCUCUGGAGGUCCUGGCAGAGGCUGGAGGCGGGGCCAUGCGGCGGGAUGCUGGCGAUCAUGGCGGUGGACCUGCUGACUCUCCUGGCUCUGGCUGUGCUGCUGGCCCUGGUGGUGGGAGGUCGGCACUCUGGACGCAGGAGGCACCAGGAGCUGACGCUGGGAGAGAAGAGCACCUUCAGGUUUGGAGGACGUAUCGACUACAAGCUGAAGAAGCAAGACAGCACCAAAACUCUGCUGAUCAAAAGCGAACAACUUCUGAGGAUUGAGGAGCACGACUUUGCCAUGAGACCAGGGUUUGGAGGAGCAGCCAUCCCGGUGGGCAUCGACGUGCAGGUGGAGAGCAUCGACAGCAUCUCGGAGGUCAACAUGGACUUCACCAUGACCCUGUACCUGCGCCACUACUGGAAGGACGAGCGGCUGGCCUUCCCCUCGCGCAACAACCAGAGUCGCACCUUCGACUCCCGGCUGGUGAGGAAGAUCUGGGUCCCGGACGUGUUCUUCGUGCACUCCAAGCGCUCCUUCAUCCAUGACACCACCAUGGAGAACAUCAUGCUGCGCGUCUUCCCCGACGGCAACAUCCUCUACAGCGUCAGGGUGACGGUGACGUCUCUCUGCUCCAUGGACUUCAGCAGCUUUCCUCUGGACACUCAGAACUGUUCCCUGGAGCUGGAGAGCUAUGCCUACAACGAGAACGACCUGAUGCUCUACUGGAAGAACGGCAAGGACUCCCUGAGGACGGAGGAGCUCCUGCUGUCACAGUUCUUCAUCCAGCACCUGCACCCGUCCAGCGGCCUGGCCUUCUACAGCAGCACCGGCUGGUACAACCGGCUGUUUAUCAACUUCAUCCUGCGGCGCCACAUCUUCUUCUUCAUGCUGCAGACCUACUUCCCCACCAUGCUGAUGGUGGUGCUGUCCUGGGUCUCCUUCUGGAUAGACCGGCGGGCCGUGCCCGCCCGGGUCUCUCUGGGUAUCACCACGGUGCUCACCAUGUCCACCAUCAUCACCGGAGUCUCCUCCUCAAUGCCUCAGGUGUCCUACGUGAAGGCGGUGGACAUUUACCUGUGGACCAGCUUCCUGUUUGUCUUCCUGUCGGUGAUCGAGUACGCGGCGGUCAACUACUGCACCACACUUGAGGAGAUGAAGAAGAUGAGGCGGGGGAGGCUCCCGUCCUCCUUCAACGCCACCCAGGCCAUGGCCUUCGACGGCUGCUUCCACGACGACGACAUCGAGCUGACCUCAUUUUCUCCGACGGAGACGGCCCUGACCCCUGACCCCCUGGCGCCCUCAGACGCGCGGCCCCCUCCGGGGACCCGUCUGCGGCGGCAGCGGUCCGUGCGAGAGAACGUGGACCUUCUGAUGAGCAACAGCUACAUGAUAGACUCGUACUCGCGCCUGGCCUUCCCGCUGUCCUACCUGCUCUUCAACGUGGUCUACUGGAGCCUCUACUCUUGAUGUCCCUGCUGUCCCCUCCCCAGUGUCAAUCGCCGUGACAGGGCUUCAGGCCCAUGCACGGACUCUGUGGGGGCCGGAGCCGGAGGGUUUGCCACUCGCAGUGGUCCGAGCCUACCUCUGUGGGGACAUCAGCUGCUGGUUUGCCUCCGGUGGAAGGCAUUUUACCCUGAGCAAGCUGGACAUGUCGAGCUUCAUGGCUCGGCAUCGGGGGGAUUAGCAUAACACUGUGUUGACCUGGGGAGGAUGGGGAGGAGGGGCACACUCAAAUAAACGCACCUUCACCUGUCAAACACGGAGAGAGAGGAAGUGAAGAAUGAAAUACAGGCGGCAGUGCGCUCCCUCGCCACUAGGGGUCCGUCUGCGCGCGGCCCGCUAAAAGUUGCGUCGUAGUGACGUCACGCCUCCUCGCUUCAACGACACCACACCGUGAACGGGAAGACUCGGACUGAGUCACGGGACUUUCGGGAUGUUGAUGUUGGACAGUGUCCCGAGCAGAACACGUGCAUGGAAAGUGACGCCGCGCAGGCGCAGAACGUGACGUCAGGUCAACGUUGUGCACGAGCUCCUCGCCAACACCGGAGAAUACGCUCAGCUGACGGAGUUGCUGCGAGUGCGGCGCCGUUCACGCUCGCUCGAGCUGACGCUUUCCACUUCGCUUGCGCGCGGUCUCUACGGCAACCGAGAAGGCACCGGUGUUUCGGCGGGGAGUGACGUCACACCGCAGCCGAGUCUGCAGAGCCCCGGAGUGGAGCCGCCAUGAGGCACGCAGGUGAGUGCGGGCGCCGUCACGCCGCGGGCAGGAAGACGGAGUCGGGAGAGCCGCGAGCUAGCGGCCCCCGAGCUAGCCUUAGCAUGCUAGCUUCGGAGCGCGAGAACCCACCGGGUUACAGCCUCUUCCUCGAGCAAACGCCAGUGGCGGUGUCGUCGAGGAAGGAGAUGUCGUGCCUGGGGCGUUCGUCACCCCACUCCAGUCCACACGCAUGCUUUUCAAACGUGCGCGAGCGGUGGCUGACGAUGCUGUUUCCACGCAGCAACUUUGGUGCCACGCCGACACAAAGCGUGAACUUCCUUGGUGACGUCAGGUUCUCUCGUCCCUCUGCGAGCUGUGUGUGACGUCACAGACAACGGUCCUGAGUACGGUCACGUGACGGCCCAGAAAGCCCAGCCAUUGCACUAGCCCGACUGAAAUUGCAUUCAAAAUGCAUGUGCACAGCUUAGUCCAGACUGGUGAAACAUUCCGCGCGGUCACAUGAUGAAGGUUCAGUAGAACUCUACUGUUUGGUCGUAGUUCACCGUUCAUUGAAGGAGUCUUAAAUCGUGGAAUACUCGUGAUGAUGAUAUGAAUUAUCAUGGUCCAGCCCUACAUCCAGGUGACGGGUUUUGGCAGAUUGUUUUUUUAAUGACAAAAACCUGCUGAAUAACAACAGUAAUGCGCAGUAGGCCUGCAGGAUCCAGAGGAAAAUAGGAAUCACGAUUUUUUAGCUAAGAAUUGAUAUCACGAUUCUCUGCCACAAUUUUUUCCCUCAUCAAAUACGUGGUUUAUUGCACACAUAAACCGUGACUAAACAAAGUUGCAUCACCAGGCAUAUGACGUUUGAGGUGCUGCUAAAGAUUUGUGGUAGCGAUGCUCCGAUCAGGGUUUUUGCUGCCGAUCACAUGGAUUGACAAUAAAUUGGUCAUCAAAAAUGAUGGGACCUUCUGUGUCGAAGAUGUGAAAACAUGAACCAUCAAAUCACUUUAAUCCAGAAAGGUUUUAUUAUACCUCUACUAGAAGGCAAAAAAAGUCUUGCAGAAUGCAGCAACUAUUAUAUCAAAAGGACACAACUGAAAAACAUAACGUAAUGUGAUGUGAGAGGUGGCAGGUGAGUCUCCAGAGACUGCGCUGCGUGCCUGACAUAUUGAC